AUGAGCCUUGAAGUACUUAUUCUACGCAAUUGUGAACGCCUGGCUCAGCUUCCAUCUGAGAUUGGAUCUCUGAGACGACUAGAGGUGCUUGAUGUCCAAGGAACAGAGAUUGAAAAAUUACCUUAUGAGAUUUCUGACCUGGUUUCACUGAGGCACUUAAAAGUAUCAUUUUACGGAUCUGUCGACCAGAGUGAACAUGAUAGCCUGCCUCAUGAAUUGGUCCCAGACGGAAUAAUAUAUCGUCUCCAUGAAUUGGAAGCUCUCAGUAUUGAUGUGUACCCAGGAGAUGAAAGGUGGGAUAGGAAUGUGAAUUCUGUCAUAAAUGAGGUGGGUAACUUGAAAAAGUUAAUUGCCUUUUGUUGUUGUUUCCCAGAAGUACAGUUUCUUGAACGCUUUCUUGAAAAAAGCCUAUCAUGGAAAAUUCGAGGUUUAACUGAUUUCAAAUUUGUAGUUGGCCAUGAUGUUAAACGCUUCUCCUAUCUGGUUGGGGACAAUCUGGAGUUUGAAUAUGUACAAUGGGGUCAGUGCAUGAGAUUUGUAAAUGGUGAGAUGAUUCCAGAUGCGGUUCUGAAAAUAUUAACUUGUUCUACUGCAUUCUAUCUGGAUCAUCAUAUCAAAGUCUGCAGCCUAACAGAGUUCGGGAUCAGUAAUCUCAAUGGACUGAGAUUAUGUGUUGUGAGGGAUUGUCCCAAGAUUGAAACGGUUAUUGCUAGCAAGAACCCAUAUGAAGCUGUAUUUCCAGUUCUGGAGCACCUGAGCAUUUAUUAUCUGUCUAACCUUGGGAAGAUUUGGGAAGGAACGAUACCACAGGGAAGCUUUAAUAAUCUAAGAAUAUUGACAGUGCAUACUUGCCCCAAAUUGCAAUUUGUUUUUGCAAGCUCCAUGCUCCAGUUUUUCUCCAACUUAGAGGAGCUGAUAGUCGAACAUUGUCCAGCCAUUACGGAGAUUAUAUUUCAGGACUAUAUGGUUGAUUCUGGUAGUGGCACACUCCCUAGAUUGAAAACAUUAAAACUUCACUAUCUACCUGAAUUGGUUAACAUUAUGCAAGGUGCAUGGCCCCCAUUAGAAAACAUUAGCUUCUACAAUUGCCCUGUAUUGAAGAAGCUUGGCAUUGACUCCAAUUCAAGUCAUACCAUAAAAGAGAUUAAAGCAGAAAAUGAUUGGUGGGAAAAAUUAGAGUGGCAAGAUGCUUCAUUACACUAA